UCUAUAUAAAGAGUUAAUAGGAACUUACUUAUGCUCAUCCAAAUCUCAAAACCUUAUUUACAACAUAUCAUCAAAAUCACAAUGCAGGCUGUUCUUAGCAUUGCUGUUCCUUCCCUUCUCCCCAGCUCAACACUUUCCAGUAAUAAACCUUCUCACUUCCCUUUGAUCACAUUUUCUUCUCACUCAUCCCGUCGCUCGUCCAUCAAAGCAACGGCCUCGGUCGUCUACGACACAUCUGUGGUUGAUUAUAGUUCUGCUAUCUCGGUGUUUCCUGCAGAAGCAUGUGAGACAAUAGGUGGAGAGGCAUGUGGUUGGGAAAAUAUGUUUCCAGAAGUAAGGCUUCAGCAGGCUUCACUUAACAAUCAAAACCCCGUCGCUUCUUCAGAGGAGAUUGAUAGAGAAUAUCUUGAUUAUGCCGAUUCAAAGACUGUUUUCCCAGGAGAGGCUUGCGAUGAUCUUGGUGGAGAGUUCUGUGAACCUGAGUUCCUAAAUGGCGUUUUCUAGUCUUUUUAUUUUAUAUUACAACAACAGAAAAAUGGCUUCUUAGUUCUUAGUUUAAUCAGUCCCCAUAUCAUAGCUUCUGUAACUGUGACACCCUUUUCACCAUUCUCAAUAAAUAAUAAUCCUUAAAUAUUUUAGCCUU